AUGAUACGUUUAGUAUUACAAGGGAGAUAAAUGCAGAAAAUCUAAAUCUUUAAGAUGGCGACCGAACGGUGUACACCUCGAUCUUCAGAUGAACUUUUUGACUUUUCAUGCACACCAUGUAACAAGAAAGACAAGAACAGUGAGGCGGUUAAAUGCUGUGUUGACUGUCAGGAAUAUCUGUGUGAGAAUUGUGUAGACAAUCACAACAGUUUCUCUGUUUUAGCUGGUCAUACAUUAGUAGGACAGUCGAAGUUUGGUCAAAGUGGAUCAGGUAGCAAAUAUUUACCGUCGGUGCCGACAGAGAGAUGUAAGCUUCAUUCUCUAAAACUUGUAGACAUGUACUGUGCUGAUCACGACGCCGUCGGUUGUCAUGUGUGCUUUACGAUCACGCAUAGGUCAUGCCAAGGUAUCCACUACAUUCCUGAAUAUAUCCAGACGAAUAUUCUGACUGAUAAUGUAAGGAAAAUAGAUGCAGAAUUGGAAAGGGCAAUUACUGAAAUGGGAGUUAUCUUAAAGAAAAAACAACAGGAAAUUAAGGAAAAUAAGAAUGCCAAGGCAUCAUUUCUGGAAGACAUAAAACAGUACAGACAAGAGCUAAACGAAAUUUUAGACAGACUUGAGCAGGCUUCUAUCGCUGAACUUGAUGUUACGUUUGGAAAGCUAGAUGAAGAUAACCGUAGAAGUAUAAAGAUGAUACAAGAAAGAAUAGGAAAUCUUGCCUCCCGCAAAGCUGGUAUAAAAAUGUCACAGAAUAAUGAUUCUCAAACAUUUGUUAACGUUAAACUGUCAGAGUGUACGUUAUCCGAAAAUAAUAAAGAAAUAAUUGUGAUGUCAAAUGAAAGAGGUCAUGGACUCACUUUUGAAAGGAACUUAGAAAUAUUUCAUUUCUUGAAGAAUAUUGACUCACUAGCACAUUUUGCAUCAAUGAAGCAUAAAAUUUACAAAACUUGUAAUAGAACCACUAUGAAUAUAAACAUAGUUGGUGAUAAAAAGAUUUGUAAUAUUUGGUCGUGUUGUUUACUUGAUUCAGGUGAUAUUUUAUUUGCUGAUUUUGAGAAUAAAAAUAUAAAAUUAGCUGAUCAUGAAAACUACCUAAUUAAGGAUUCAUUAGAUAUGUCCGUUUCGCCUAAUUCAGUAUCUAGACUAAGUAAUGUAGAAGCUGCCGUAAGCCUACACAAUAGUACAGUGCAGAUUGUGUCUACGAGAAGUCAUUUAACCAAAACUCGUUUACUGACAUUCAAACACAUGUGUAGAGGCUUAGCUGUUCUUGAUGGUAAAUUGGUGAUGGGCAACGAUGGUGACAAGGUAUAUAUCUAUACGAUGAAUGGAGAAUGUUUAAAAGUCAUUGAGACGGACCAAACAGGGCACAAACUGUUUAGAUAUAUACGCGAGCUUUGCGUGAGCGAUGACGGGAAAAUGAUACACGUUAUUGAUAAAUUUCGGGGAGUGAUAACAAUAGACAUUGGCGGCACCUUGUUGUGGCAGUAUGAUAAUAAAGAGUUGAUAAACCCAUGGGGUGUUUGUACAGAUGGUACUGGGCAUGUGAUUGUUAGUGGUAAUUCAUCGGAUAAUGUUGUUUAUCUAGGACCUGAUGGGAAGUUGCUCGGAGAAAUUGUCUCAAACGUGCAUAACUUAAAAAGUCUAAGAGCGAUUUGCUUUGAUAGAAAACACUGGAAGCUUAUCAUUGCGGGCGAAAGUAACGAACUUCACGUCUUUGAAGUUCAGUGAGAUGUAAAACGUCUGCACUAAUAAAGUGGCUAGCAUGUUGUGUGAAUGAAAUAUAUAAGUGACAAUAUUUGUGUUCAUUCAUUUCCCGAUUCAAUAAUACAUGUAUAAAUAGAUAUCUGAGAAUGAGUG